CUUAAAGUUAAAUAUUAAAACUCUGAUUGCAUGCUGUAGGUUGUAAAUUAUCAUGUUUAUGUCAGUAUAAUUCAUCUACAUGCAUGUGUAGUAACAUAUUUCGUUGCAUGCAAAAUGUUUAAUAUUAUUAGAUUUACAUUCAGAGGCAAAAUUCCCGUUUUCUGUGUGGAAAGUACCUCGUGGUUGUUUCCCUGUACCAGUGUCGUCAUGUGAGUGUUAUGCCUUAUAAACCAGUUUGACCGUCUAGCAUAACGUAAGGAGGAAGAGCCAAGCCUGCUGUGAUGUGUGCAGGGUGUGUGUGUGCCGGAUGCAGUGGAGGACACACCUCCCUGUUUCUGCAUAAUAUAUAAGCAAAGUGUGGCGGCUCAUCUUAUUGACAGACUGAAGACAUCUGAGUUCAUACUGAGAAGAACUGACUCUGCUGGUAAGGGCUACACAUCUCGUUUGUUAGUUGCAUUUUUUUAUUUACCUUACCUUACACACUGUAAGGUGUGAGGAAAUAGGAAGCUGUGUGCAUGUCUGACUGUGUGCAUGUCUGUGGGAACAAUUCAGCCCUGCAGGUCGUGCAGGGUGGAGUUAAAUGAAUGACUGAAACACUGCCUAACCACAAGGCAGGUAACGGUGAACCUGAGAAAGACUGUGUUGAGGAUAGAAAGUGAACUCUCUCAGUGGGAAUAUGUGGGCACUGACACUGCGAAGGGUUAUAUGUUACUGGAUGCAUUUUGUUGCUACCAUCACACAUGUUCAUACGAGUCUGUCUGUCACAGGGAGAAGAUGAUCUGCAUCAUCCUGCUGCUCAUCAACCUGACCUCCUGUGUCUGUGGGGUGUCUAAGCCUUAUGACACUCCUCUGAAGUACCAGGCAGAGGAGAACAGUGACGUCACAGUUGAAUGGAGCUUCUCGUCUGAAACCGACAUUCCCCUCCCCUCACUGAAGAUCCACUGUCAGAAGGUGUUAGGGCUGAAGGUCUUCUAUCAUCUGGACAACUGUAUUGAGGAGUCUCAGCACGAGCAGUUUGCAGGACGGGUGCAGUGUGACAAAGACGCUCUCAGAGGAGGACGUGUCCGCCUUCAUCUGUCCCGAGUCAAGAUGAAUGACUCGGGUGUGUACCUCUGCAGGAUGGCCACUGACUUUGGCAGGAAGGUUAAAGAGUUCUCGCUCGACAUCACUGCAGCUGUUGACAAGCCCAAACCAGUGACAACAACACCAGCACCAGUGACACCAACACCAGCACCAGUGAGUCGGGGAAGAAUCAGCCUCUGUGUUGUACUGGGACUGGCAGCAGCAGCUGCACUGGCUGUGCUGGCUGCACUGGCUGUCCAUCACUGUACCUUAUCAUACAUUGCACUGCGAAACAAACAAGACAAAGAGCAGGACCUUGGAGUUGUGUGCACCAGCCUUUGAGUCAAGUGUUUCAGGAGUCUUGAUGUGGUGCUGCCCCUCUGGGCUCUGAGGAGAGCUCAGGCUGAUGAGGACAGAGCUGGCUCUUGUGUUUGCCGCCCUGCUGUAACGUUAGCAAGUGAAGCAGAGAAAUCAGAAACACUGCAGCUGAGCUUGUGCUGGUUGUCUUCAUGGUGCCACUGCUGUUAGUUCCUGUCCUGACAUGUUCACAACAGUGAGCUUGUUGCUGCUGCUGGCUCAGACUUCAGAUGGACUGUAAUGACAGUCACUGUUGAUGCAAAGAGAACAGAAUGUUAGUACAUGAUGAGUUGUACUGAAGUGAAGAUGCUUUUAACACCAGUGCAGCCUUUACAAAAAGUUCCUCUGGUGUCAUUCAUGGACAAAAAUGUCCGCAUCAAAAAAAACUGCCAUGAAAAUAUUAUAUAUUCAUAUUAUUUUCCACUUUCACUGAAGUAAAUCUUUCAUCAAUCUACAGUUCUU